AGAUAUGGAGUGUGGGGCGGGGAACCAGUUGCAAGUCUGUGGCGAAUCCUUUUCGCCACUCUAACAGAAGAGGAAAGGCAGAGAACGGUAGUCAGAGGAGUUUUCUCAGAACGCCUUAGAGGUUUAGAUUCCUGGUAUUUGAACUUUCUUACUUUCAGUUUGUCCCUUUGAAGUCACUUCCGUUUUGGGGCGGACGCGAGCCAAACCUGUGGCGGGAGUUGGAGAUUCUGCAGCGAAUACACCAGAGAUUGAAUUGUUUUGGCACCCACGAAAAAUCAAGUAACCAUGAAUGUAAGAGUUUCUUUCUGGAAUCUCAAAUCUAUUCCACUGAUCUCUCUGUCAUCAAGCUAGUACUAACUACACUGUCUUUGGUAGCUUUGUGGAUCAUGGUGCCUAGAGUUCAUAAGAUAAAGAAGUCUGUUGCACCUCAGAAUUCUUGUUUGACAAAUGAGUCUUAUAAACAAUUGGAAUUUUUGCCAGACAAACUAAGAGCAAAGCUGCUUCCUUUCCAGAAAGAUGGGAUUGCUUUUGCCCUCAGAAGAGAUGGCAGGUGUAUGGUAGCUGAUGAAAUGGGUCUAGGAAAGACAAUCCAGGCAAUUGCAAUUGCUUACUUCUAUAAGGAAGAAUGGCCACUUUUAAUAGUGGUCCCUUCAUCUCUCAGAUACCCUUGGACAGAAGAAAUGGAGAAAUGGAUCCCAGAGCUAAGUCCAGAGGAUAUCAAUGUUAUUCAGAAUAAAACUGAUACUGGAAGAAUAUCGACAAGCAAAGUGACAGUUCUGGGUUAUGGUCUUUUAGCCACAGAUGCAGAGACUUUGAUAAGUGCACUGAAUAAUCAGAAUUUCCAGGUUGUUAUAGUGGAUGAAUCACACUACAUGAAGUCCAGGAAUGCAACCCGCAGCAAGAUUUUAUUGCCAAUAGUACAGACAGCCAAACGAGCCAUUCUUCUUACAGGAACUCCAGCUUUGGGAAGGCCUGAAGAGCUUUUCAUGCAGAUUGAAGCUCUCUUUCCACAAAAAUUUGGAACAUGGACCGAGUAUGCCAAAAGAUACUGUAAUGCCCAUAUGAGAUUUUUUGGUAAAAGGCCUCAGUGGGAUUGUAGAGGAGCAUCAAAUCUGAGUGAACUUCAUCACCUAUUAAGUGACAUAAUGAUCAGAAGAUUGAAGACUGACGUUUUAACCCAGCUGCCCCCUAAAGUCAGACAGCGUAUUCCCUUUGAUCUUCCAUCAGCAGCUGCCAAGGAAUUGAAUACCAGCUUUGAGGAGUGGGAAAAAUUAAUGAGAGCUCCAAAUUCAGGUGCCACUGAGACUGUCAUGGGAUUGAUUACUCGCAUGUUUAAACAAACUGCUAUUGCCAAGGCAGGUGCUGUAAAGGACUAUAUUAAGAUGAUGCUUCAGAAUGAUUCACUUAAAUUUCUGGUGUUUGCUCACCACUUAAGCAUGCUCCAAGCUUGCACAGAAGCAGUCAUAGAAAACAAGACACGCUACAUUAGGAUAGAUGGAAGUGUUCCGUCUUCAGAAAGAAUACAUCUAGUUAAUCAAUUUCAAAAAGAUCCUGAUACUCGCGUGGCUAUCCUAAGCAUUCAGGCUGCUGGCCAGGGUUUGACAUUUACUGCUGCAACUCAUGUUGUCUUUGCUGAGUUGUAUUGGGACCCUGGUCAUAUAAAACAAGCAGAAGACCGUGCUCACCGAAUUGGACAGUGCAGUUCUGUGAAUAUUCACUACCUUGUUGCGAAUGGGACUCUAGACACCCUUAUGUGGGGAAUGUUGAACCGAAAGACACAAGUUACAGGGAGCACACUGAAUGGUCGGAAGGAACAACUUCAGGCUGAGGAAGGUGAUAAGGAAAAAUGGGAUUUCCUGCAGUUUGCUGAAGCUUGGACUCCAAAUGAAAGUUGUGAAGAGCUCAGGAAUGAAAUUUUGUUCACUCAUUUUGAAAAAGAAAAACAGCAUGAUAUUCGAUCAUUCUUUUCACCAAAACCUAAGAAAAGGCAGUUGGUGGCCUCCUGCGAUGAACCAGGGAUAUUCCAGGAGAAAAAUACUGUUGUGCCAGCAAACCCUGGAAAGAUAGCCACAAGACAUAGCAUUGAUUAUGAAAGCAAUUUUGAACCUGAAGCUAAAAGAUUAAAGUCGGUUACCGACAAUGACCACCGCAGUGUCCCAGAGGAGAAGCCAUCCUGGCCCAGGCGAACCACGGCUCACGCCCAGGCAGCCACCCGACCCCUUCUUGGAAAAGGCUGGCAGUGUGGCCUCUGCACCUAUAUCAAUAACUCCGUGUUACCAUAUUGUGAAAUGUGUGAGAAUCCUCGAGGCGGUGCUGAUAGCCUCAGCAGUACUCAGGAUACAAACGAAAACGGGAAAGGUGAUCCUCCGAAAGAUACCUCCAGCAAAGCUGAGACUAGUUCUGACUGUGAAAAACAAGGCCUUGCCCCCUCAGAACCUAAACCAUUGGCUGAGAGCAAGGAAGAAAUAGCAAAAAUUGAGAGAGAGGAUGGACUCACACCCCAGCCAGGUGAUGAACAGUUGAAGAUUCCAGACAAUCUGCCAGUAUACGACACCUUAAUGUUCUGUGCAAGUAAGAAUACUGACCGGAUUCACCUCUAUACUAAGGAUGGAAACCAGAUGAACUGUAACUUCAUUCCUUUGGAUAUAAAAUUAGACCUUUGGGAAGAUUUACCAGCAAGCUUUCAGCUGAAACACAAUCGCUCCCUGAUUUUAAGGUUUGUUCGAGAAUGGAACAGUCUAACUGCCAUGAAGCAAAAGAUAAUCAGGAGAAGCGGGUGGCUGUUCUGUAGCCCAAUUCUUGCUUUGGAGGAGAUCACAAAGCAACAAACCAAACCACAUAGCACUAAAAGAUACAUCACCAAAGAAGAUGUUGCUGUAGCCUCACUGGACAAGGUGAAGAAUGAUGGGGGCCAUGUUCGUCUGAUCACAAAGGAGACCAGGCCACAGGACCCUUCUACAAAAAAGUUCCUUGAUGAUGGAGUAUGUGCCCCAUUUCUGAAUCCCUGCAUAACCCAAGCAGAUCUCACUGUGAAGCAUUCUGUAUCCAAAGGCUAUCUGCAAGCUGUGGAUAAUGCAGGAAAUCCACUUUGUCUUCUCUGUCAGCAACCUACUUGCCAAACUAAGCAAGAGUGUAAAGUGAACACUUGGGAGUCACGGUUUUGCUCUCUGAACUGUCAAGAAGAGUUUUGGAUUCGUUCUAAUAACAGUUACCUGCGAGCCAAAGUAUUUGAAAUUGAACACGGUGUGUGUCAGCUAUGUAACCUAAAUGCACAGGAACUCUUUCUCCGUCUGAGAGAUGCCCCCAAAAGUCAGAGGAAGACUCUUCUGGAUAUUACCUGGAUCUCAAAGCUCCCGUUAGAACAGCUUAAUGAAAUGAUAAGAAACCCAGGAGAAGGGCAUUUCUGGCAGGUGGACCACAUCACGCCAGUGUCCGGCGGCGGAGGACAGUGCUCCCUGGACAACCUGCAGACCCUCUGCACAGUUUGUCACAGAGAGAGAACUGCCAGACAAGCUAAGGAAAGAAGCCAGGGGAGAAGACAAUCUCUAGCAUCAAAGCAUGGAUCAGAUAUCACAAGAUUUUUGGUAAAGAAAUGAAGUAGAAAAGUUUUUCAAUGGAUGACAAAUGCUUUCUAGGUGGAGGUAUUUAACACAAAAAGUUUUGUCAUGUUUCUCAUUUAAAGAGUGAAAAAUUUCAGAGAAAAAAAUCAAGAAUUCAACUUUCCUUUUCAUAUUAUAUGCUUUUAGUGUUCACUACCUUCUGAAAAUAUGUAACACAAACUGAGAAACAAUAGUAAAUAUUUCUGUGGCCUUGAUUUCAUGCAGACUCUCAAUUAUGUUUCAGUAAGGUUUUGUUAAGCUUUCAUUUCUCCCUACAGUACCUUAAUCAUGGUAUUAUGCCUAGAUUAUAUUUGAAAAAUAUACUCUCAAUUACUUGAAAAA